GCGGACUGAGCCAAAAUGAAUGGAUUACAAAGAAAAAAAUAUUGCAUUAAAUCAAGGAAGAAGUGGCAAGAGACUCCAUUCAAUGCCUGUCAGUGCAUCGAUAAACAUUUCUUCAUCUUCGGGAAAGCAUCGAAUAUUAUGAAGAUCUUCGCCCUCGUACUCUUGGCUCUUGGUCCAAUCUUCGGGAUCGCCAGAGGAGAUGCAAUGGAUGGACUAGUUCGACUAAAUAAUAGAGGUUCGACAAACACAAACGCCGGCAUUGUGGAGGUCUACUACCAAGGGAUAUGGAGAACAGCUUGUGCAGCUCCAUACUGGAACUCCAACGCCGCUACGGUCGUAUGUCGUCAACUUGGAUUCACUGCUUCUGCCGACGUUGCGAACCCAGGGGAUUACUACAGCGAAAGCGUCAAUCAGCCAACCCACACGCUAUUGGAUGAUGGCCUGUAUUGUAGUGGUACCGAACAGUUCAUUGCAGAUUGCAUGGAAGAGAGGCCGGAUAUUGGAGAAAGGUGCCCCAACGGAGAGGAAUUCGCAGCUGCUAACUGCGCAGAAAACAAGAGGGCAGAAGGCUAUGAAGAUCUCAAACUUCGGGCUGCCCAACUUCUUCUUAACCUUUUCCAUGAGACUAAGAAGUAGUUUCCUUCACCUUCUGAUCAGAUGGCGACAUAAAUGUGUUGGAGGAUAGAUCCAGUCUCAAUUCAUAUUUUAAAUCGAUCGAAAAUGAUUUUAAAAUUUACAAAUUUUUAGAUUCAGCAAUUUGGCUUUUAUUCUAUUUUUUUAAUGGUUGGUCCCCUUGAAUUGCUUUUCAUUCUAUGUAUUAAAGAGAAGAUUAUGUUGUUUGUAGAGGCCUAAUAAGUGAUUGUUUUUGCAUCUAAUACUCUCAUUAUUAGUAUAGGCAUUACAUUCGUUUUGAAUGUUUGCAAGAAAAAAAUAGUAGUAAAUUUCAUUUAUAUCGGAAUAUAAGUUUUACUAUUCAUGAUUGUUUUGAUAUAUAUAUUUACAUGAAAUAUGUCGGGCUAUCGUGGAAAAAUAUGAUGACCACUCGGAAAAAGAGCAUAUGUCUAAGUAUGUAAUUAUGUCGUGGAAUAAAAUCGCUGAAAAAUU